AUGGAAACCGAGGGAGGGGGAACGGCUUUCAGGCCGGUUUCUCCCCGCCAGCUCGGUACGGGACCAGCUGAUUCGUCCGGGUGUGGCCCGACCGACGAUAGCUCGCCGGUUCCUUUCGUGGAAGUGGAGGCGGUAGCUACUGAAUGGAUCCUGGAUUUCGCCUGCCGCUGCCUGUGCCACCAUUUUUGCGAGGGCAACCGGCGAGCUUUCGAGAGGAGCCGGGACUUGGCGCUGGCCAUUAUUAAGGGGUCACAGGGAGUAGAACCUCAUCUAGUGAAAACAGUAUGCCUUUGUCAGCUGUUGGCAUGUGUUGCAGAAGGAAAAUCGCUUGAUUCUCAUUAUUUUGAGGGUGACCAAAGAACUUCACCACUGGAAAAUGCUCUGUUGGUUUGGACUUCAUUUCUAAAAUCACAAAGCAAACAAGAUAAGCUGCAUGAAGACAUCAAGAAGUUAAUUCAGAUUCAGGCUGUAGCUGUAUACAUGGAGAAAGGAUGUUUUAAUGAUGUUACAGAUGUCCUAGAAAGAGUGUUUGCAGAUUCACUAUCAAAUGAGGCUUUGCAAAUGAAGCUGACUACAAUAAUAAAGCAAAAAGAUCCAUAUCAUCCAUUCCUCCAAUAUUUCAGUUUCAAUCUCUUGACUAAGAAGAUCAAAACUUUCAUUGGGAUUUUCUUGAAUGAGGAAUAUAAUAAUUUGCUAAUGAAGGAAGCUACAAAAAAGGCAGAACUUAAAAGUUUAGGAAAAAUCCCAUUACAUGUGCAAAAUCACAGUAACACUGCAACAAAUAAAGAAAAUCACCUGGAAAUCACACAGAGAUUACAUAUGCAGGCUUGUUCCUUUAUUGAGCGGUCAUUUUUGACAGAACAGAUUUUCCCAAGAUCAAAAAAUAGAAAAGAAACUGUACUUCAAAGUAAGAAAACUUUGCAGAAUAUUGAAAAUGAUCAACCAAGUGAUGAAUUUCGGUCUGCUGGCCAUAAGAAACAGCGAUGGAGUUGGACAGAAGACCAAAAAUUGAAAAAUGGUGUGCAAAAGUUUGGAAUAGGCAAAUGGAAAAAAAUUCUUGAAAAUUAUGACUUCAAUCAACGGACAAAUGUAAUGUUGAAAGACCGAUGGAGAACUAUGGUCAAAUUAGGCAAAGUUUAA